AUGCCAAGUUUGAAAGAGAUUAUCGUUAGUGAUGAACCUGCUCAAAUUCCUGUAAUUGCAUUGCAAGGUGAUUCUCUUGAGCUCACCAUCGACGAACUUGAAACAAUGAAAUAUCUCAGCUCUGACUCAGUCUAUAUAGAAGGUUUACGCUUUGAACAUGACGACAAGCGCAAAAUUGACGAAAGUACGGGUAACUGUAUCCUAACGUUAUGA